CUUUAGACAUAACCGCUGUAAUCUGUGGUCACUUUGUUUACCACAUACCUUUACCUUUGAAAUCUAUAUCUGAUUUUUUAUUUUUUUCUAAGAAACUUUUAAUUUCAAAGUAGAAUGGGCAUGUAGGAAACUGUUACUAAAAGUUUAAUGCAAGAAAUCCAUUCAUUAAUGUACAUUGAAAAUGGAUGAGUUGCGUGCUUUUUUUAACAAUCCGUGUCCGUCUCGUUCUCAAGUGAUCAAACUUCGUGGGCCUAUGACUGGAGGCUUAAGAAUUACCAAGGAGGACGAUAUAAAUUUAUUGAAUAGAAAGGAAGAGCAUCGUCGGACUGUCGUCAUGAGUGGCACCGAUUAUGCUAGAGAGGUGAAAGAACGAGAAACUGAAAUGUAUCUCAAGAAUGAAACACAACGAGAGAAAUGGCAAAGUGUAGCAGAAGGGCUGGAGUCAUUGGAGCAUCUCUCCUCAUGGGGAGCUUCGGUACAACAUCUGAAUGAACUCACAGAAGAAGCAAUGACUCAAGUUUAUAGCAAGUAUUCCUUUCAAAAGAAGGAAGAUAAUAACAAUCUAGUUAUCAAUGAAUAUAAACAACAGAUUUUAGACAGAAUAUCUGGCUAUCCAGUAGUCAUUAUUGAAGGUCCAACAGGAUGUGGUAAGACCACACAGGUGCCACAAUGGAUCUUGGAUGACUGUUACCAAAAGCGCAAACCUUGCAAAAUAAUAGUCACCCAGCCGAGGAGGAUUGCCGCUAUAUCAAUUGCCAAAAGAGUUGCUCAGGAGCGAGGCUGGGAUGUUGGGGGAUUAGUGGGUUACCAGGUGGGACUUGAAAACAAAACGUCAACUGAUACUCGUAUACAUUAUGUUACCACAGGUAUACUGCUACAAAAGUUAGUGGCUGCGAAAAACAUGAAUGAGUAUACCCACAUUAUUCUCGACGAAGUCCACGAGCGUGGUCAAGAGAUGGAUUUCCUCCUACUCGUAGUCAAGAGGUUACUGUACACAGUGUCCCCAGGAGUUAAAGUGGUGCUUAUGUCAGCUACAUUCAACAGGAAAGCGUUUGCUGACUAUUUUCUUAUUCCCACGCCACGAGGUCUACAGAUGUCUUCUGGUGUCAAAAUCGUGAAGAAAGAACCAAUGUUUACAGUGAAGACGUUUUAUUUGAACCAUUUAAAUAAAUUUGGUUCGAUACUUGAAUUAUCAAGACCGAAAAGAGAGGAGCCUGGUAUAGCUCCUGCCAUGUACCACUUGGUUAUCAAGUUGGUGAAUGCGUUUGAGCACAUCGAUAAACAAGAGGACACAUACGAGGAUCGUUCUGAAGCAGACCUGCCGUCGAUUCUAAUAUUUUUGCCUGGAAUAAAUGAGAUAGAAGAUCUAUAUAAAUGUUUGACAGACAUUGAAUUAAGAAAAAAAAUAGUAGACACAGAAUGCGCGUCGUACAAGUGGUGGGUGCUGCCACUGCACUCCACGAUCACGGCAGAUGAGCAGGUGAGGGUGUUCCAACGGGCGCCGCCCGGACACCGCAAGAUUAUACUGUCCACCAACAUUGCCGAGAGCUCUAUCACCGUGCCCGACAUCAAAUACGUGAUCGACUUUUGUCUGGUGAAGAUGCUAGUGGCAGAUGAGUUCACGAACUUUACGUCAUUGGAGCUACAGUGGGCUUCAAAAACCAACUGCGAGCAGCGUGCUGGUCGCGCCGGUAGAGUUCGCGACGGUCGCGUCUACAGGCUUGUUACCGACAAGUUCUAUGAAGGCCUUCCACAAGAUUGCCCGCCUGAAAUAGUGCGGUGUCCAUUGGAGCGGCUGGUACUUCUUGCCAAGAUGUUGGACAUGGGUCCGCCCAGCGACAUCCUCGCGCUCGCUAUGGAUCCGCCAGAUAUCUCCAAUAUACACCGCACCAUACUUGUGCUUAAAGAGAUGGGAGCAUUGAAGAAAACUUUUGAUGACCAAUGGAAUUCCUCUGAUGGAGAAAUCACAUACUUGGGACGCAUUAUGGCCAAGCUACCACUUGAUGUUAGGGUGUCAAAGCUGAUUGUACUCGGAUAUAUCUUCGGGUGUUUGGAAGAAAGUGUUAUUAUGGCGGCCGCAAUGUCUGUGAAAAGUAUUUUUAACAGUCCAUUCCGUGAGCGACUAAAUGCUUACAAUUCCAAAUUGACGUGGGCUGACGGUUCGACUAGUGAUUGUAUUGCGUUUUUGAAUGUUUAUAAGGUUUGGAACCACCUUCGACAACAAAAUUAUUUUAAACAACAAGGUAACAACGAAGUGGAGUGGGCACGGCGGUUCUACGUACAAGUUCGCGCGCUCAGAGAACUCGACGACUUAGUACGGGAGCUGCGUGUCCGUCUGUCGCGUGAGGGCAUUGAGCCCCUUAAAGGGAACUCGCCUUGGGACAAACAUGAACUAUCCCUUGUUCUAAAGGUGCUGCUGGCGGGCGCAUUCUACCCGCAGUACUUCGUGCAGGUGUCGCAGGACGAAGUGCGAGAGCGUGACGCCAUACGCACGCUCGGUGGACUCGAUCCCAGGAACACGGUGUACCUGAAGAACUUUCCAGAAAAUCAGCCGGGCGAUGUGUACGCCAGCGCUAUCAAGAAGAUAGUACGACAGCAAAUUGGAGACGAGCCUCGAGUCACUUUUGAUAAAAAUAGCAGGAAAGUUUAUCUGACUUUCACUGAUAAAAAAAAUUCAAGGACAGCCAGCAAUAGCGGUGAUCCAACAAUACCUGGACAAGUGUUGCUAUCGGUAUAUAAAGCAAUCAAAGCCCGGCAAUUGAAGAUGGAUAUUAGGGUGCCAUUAUUACCGUUGGAGAAAGCGAAUGCACUAAAUAACAUGCUGCAAGUGAGUGCAAUGGACCUGAAUAUAGACAGGAUGGUGCCUCGUUUGCCUGAAGUUGACGAUACACAUUUCCCACUCAAGAUAUCCCAUAUCAAUUGCGUAAGCAAGUUCUGGGCACAAUACGACGACGAGUCGACCGCGAUUGAUCUGCAACAGAUUCAGCAGGCGUUAAACCAUGCGCCGCUGAUAGCGAACACGAGCGACGUAGUCGUCGGCCGGAUGUACGCCGCGCCCUAUACCGAGCCCGAUGGCACCGCACUGUACCGCGCGCGGGUGCUCUCACUGCUGCCCAGGGAUAUGGUUGAGCUGUUGUACAUAGACUACGGCAGCUACGGGUGCGUAAAUAAGUGCAACCUGUACAAGUUGCCUAGCGGGGUGUGCCAGGCGUCACCGCCAUUGGCCAUGCAGUGCUCGCUCGCAGAGGUGGCGCCUUCGCCGCUGCUGGAACCCCAUGGGCAAUGGACUCGUACCGCUUGGGACUUUUUCUGCCAGUUCAUCAAGAAAGGCCGUCUCAUUGGCAAGGUUUAUUCUGUAACACAUGGUGUGGUAUCUAUCGAGUUGCUGGCCGACGGUGGCAAGAUUAACAUUAAUCAAGAAUUGUUGAAACAUGGCUACGCCAUAUCUUGUGAAGAGAGCUAUGAUUCCAAAUUAAAUCACGACCUAAGGCAGACAGCAUCAGAACUACAUAUGACGCAGAAGCGAGCAUACAACAAGGAACAGGCUGAACUAGCGUUGUACCAAAUGCGCGAGUUGGACCCACCCAGUGCCAAAGACUGUAUCACUGAUGUGUGCCUCAAAGGUCCUUACAGUCCUCUGGAGACGACAGUACACAAUCUGAUGUACGGCAGCCGUGAGAGGCAAGUGAACAUCGAGUGGAACUCCGUCAACUCGGUUCUGCUCGACACUAAUCCGCAAGAGGUUUACGAAAGAUUGGUGGUGGCCGCGGCAGUGGGACAGAGCCCGUCGAGCAGUUCACUCACUCUUCGCCAUACUACACUGAUGCCCAACAUACCGGGUCUGCCCGCUAUUAUCGCGUUGCUGUUCUGCCCAGUUGCGGAGUUACGUCGCGAUGUGGGUGGAAGCCGCUACGUGAGUGCUCUGUGCGGGCUGGGCAGCUCAGCCGACGCCACGCCCUACUUCCCCGAGCAUGACCUGCUCGUCUCCAUCGACGCGGACCUGGCCGUAGAGGAUAUAGGCUUGAUCAACCACGUGCGUCACCUCAUGGAUUACAUGAUGUACUGCCCCGAGGGUCAAGAUACACCAACUGCAGACGACGAGUUUCGACCACAAGUGCCCGGAGUCAUUCGGAAGGAUAUAAUGAAUCUCCUACUAAAACGUCGCAAGCACCGCGAACCGCAGACAGUGGCAAACGCGUGGGAGUGGAGGUCUGUCCCCGAAGAUGAACUCCUCGAGAUCACCGUCCCGGACAUGGUGGAGCGCGCCGAAGUGUUUCCGUUGCACACGCCGCAGGAACUGCACCCACUGUCAAUGGAUCAGCUCCUUGUCCUCAAGCGGGACAAUGAUCAGCUCAAACUCAUCGUCGGCAGAACAUCAAUUUCAUCGAGUACAGAGCUGUCGUGCAAGUUAUGCGGAACUGCGCCAAUGCCCACGCACGCGAUGCGCAUACAUCUCUACUCGAAUGCGCAUAAGGAGAAAGAGGAGGAUUUGCGUAUUUUCCAAUCUUAAAUCCAAAUAGGUGUAUUAUUUUAAAUUUUAUUACUUCCAUUUGAUUUCUCUUUAAAAUUACAUUUGUGCCAUUUCACAAUGUAAAUUAGUAAUAAGACAAAAUAUAUAUGUUACGGGUCAAAUUUGUCUUGUAAUUAAAUACUUAUUACUUUAGUCACUAUUCAGUUAUCUGUAGACGAUGGUAUCCUGAUAACAUCUACUUGUGACAAGGUAAAUAUAUCUUAUUAUAAAGUAAGAAUCUCAAAUCGCGCUGAUUUGUCUACUUAUAAGUUUUCAAAUAAUUGUGAUAUUAUCUUGUCGUUUUUUAUAGUUGUUUGUGCACAGUGCAAUUUUGUUCUAUUCUCACUAUUGAAAAAUCCAGAAUAUCUGCAUAAUGUGCACACCCCUAUUAAUAAGAUUUGAACUUUGUUAUGAAAAAAGAAAAAAACUUUUGUUGAUUUUGUGUUUACGCAACUUUUUUUGUUGUCAGAUUUAUGGAAUAAAGACUGAUUAAUUAUAUAUAU